GGGGGCGGAGGGGGGGGCGGGGGGCUGAAGGCGGCCGAGGGCAGCUGCUCCAACAGCCACGGGCACGGCGGCAGCAAGAAGUCCAAGGAGCAGAAGGCGCUGCGGCUCAACAUCAACGCGCGGGAGCGGCGGCGGAUGCACGACCUGAACGACGCGCUGGACGGGCUGCGCUCCGUCAUCCCCUACGCGCACAGCCCCUCGGUGCGGAAACUCUCCAAAAUCGCCACGCUGCUCCUGGCCAAGAACUACAUCCUCAUGCAGGCGCAGGCCCUGGAGGAGAUGCGGCGGCUGGUGGCCUACCUGAACCAGGGCCAGGCGCUGAGCGCCCCGCUGCCCGCCACCCUCAACCCCUUCGGACAGUCGCCCGUGUACCCCUUCGGCUUGGUGGCUUAUCUCAACCAGGGCCAGGCCAUCUCGGCCGCCUCCCUGCCCAGCUCGCACCCUCCCCGUCACCCCACAGCCGGCUCCGGGUGUCCCAGGCAGGGAGGUGACAAGUUCUUCCCCCGCUCCCCGGGCCCUGCCCGCCCCCGGGCCCUGCCCGCCCGCCCCGAGCGCUGGCGCUGGAUGCUCCGCGGGGUGCGCUGCAGGACCGCCCCCCGCCUCCUCCCAGCCCGCCGAGUUUGGGAGCCGCCCCUCCCCUCGCGGACCCUUUCGCUCUGCCCCAAACCCGAGGGCAGGGAAGCAGGAGCCCCCCAGGCUGUCUGA